CCGGAUGGAUUACCACGAUAUUCUAACCAGUUUGAUGGUCAAUAUGCAAAUAUUAGACCUGAAAUUUCAGCUAAGAAAUUCUUUAAAGUUGCUUUAUUCGAUCCAGUUUUCGCAAAUGUUAAAGAUGAACUUAAACAGCAAUUCCAACCAAUUAUAGUAGCAAGAAUUGCAUCAGGUGCUUUAUCUCAAGCAUUCAAAGAUUUAAUUAAGAAACCAUUAUAUCAGCAACGAGGUUUAACUUAUGAUUUAGUUAAGGAAUCAGAUAAAAGAAAAUUUGAGAAAUCAGAUGAUUAUAAGAAUGCAAUUAAUGAAUAUAUUCGGUCUAUUAAUUUCGAUGAAACAGCUAAAAAUCAACUUCAUGAACAAAUACAGGGAAUAAUAGAUUCAAAAGUUCCAGCAAAAUAA